UUAAUCUUUCAUGCCACUGGAAUGGCAGCUGCUUCCAGCUCCCUGAGUCUGUGAAGGAUGAGGAAGAUAGAGGUGGCAUUCAGUGUGGAGAGAAUUUUCCUUUUGAAUAUUCCAAAUGAGAGAUUUGCACAUGUGCCUCAAGAACUAAUUGUCUAGGUUCCGUCAGAAAUGCAGCAGGAGAGGAGCGUAUUUCAUGCUUAAGACCAGAGAGGAGCCACGCAAUACUCUGGAUAAAAGGCUUGCAGUCCCAGCUGGGAAAAAGAGUCCCAUUAUCUCCCAGCUGCAUAGACGUUCCAUACGGCUUGGUUCUGCCUGGAUGCACAGCAUGCCUGACUGAGGGCUUGAGACAGAGUUCUGCAGAAAAAUUGUAAAGAUCCCGAGACAUUUCCCUGACUGCUAGGAUACUAACUAGAAGAUACAGUAUUUUUUUUCCUGCUGAUUGCAUGGGAGAAAUUUUUGACCUUACAACGUGGAGAUGAGGUUGCUAUGGAAACUGGUAAUUCUGCUGCCACUCAUAAACUCUUGUGCAGGUGAGGGUCAUUUCAUCCGUCCUAUUUUUACUCAGGAGCCACAAGAUGCCAUUUUUCCUUUGGAUUUAUCCAGAUCUGAAGUCAUUUUGAGUUGUGCUGCCAAUGGUUACCCUUCACCCCAUUACAGGUGGAAGCAGAAUGGAACAGAUAUUGAUUUCACCAUGAGUUAUCACUACAAGUUGGAUGGAGGCAGUUUGGCCAUUAGCAGCCCCCGCACAGAUCAUGACAUUGGUACAUACCAGUGCCUGGCCACCAAUCCUCUGGGGACUAUUCUGAGUAGGAAGGCAAAACUGCAGUUUGCAUAUAUUGAAGAUUUUGAAACCAAAACAAGAAGCACAGUGUCUGUCCGAGAAGGCCAAGGUGUGGUGCUCCUCUGUGGCCCUCCACCACAUUUUGGAGAUUUGACUUACGCAUGGACCUUCAAUGAUAACCCUUUGUAUGUUCAAGAGGACAAAAGGCGGUUUGUGUCUCAAGAGACAGGGAACUUAUAUAUUGCCAAAGUACAGCCAUCAGAUGUCGGCAACUACACUUGCUUCGUAACAAACAAAGAAGCCCAUAGAAGUGUGCAAGGACCACCUACUCCUUUAGUGCAACGCACUGAUGGUGUCAUGGGGGAAUAUGAGCCAAAGAUUGAAGUGCGUUUUCCUGAAACUGUACAAGCUGCAAAGGAUUCAUCUGUAAAACUGGAAUGCUUUGCCCUUGGAAAUCCAGUCCCUGAUAUUAGUUGGAGGAGGUUGGAUGGAAGCCCGUUGCCAGGGAAAGUCAAGUACAGCAAAUCUCAAGCUAUCCUUGAAAUCCCAAACUUUCAACAAGAAGAUGAAGGUUUUUAUGAAUGCACCGCAGGCAAUCUUCGAGGAAGAAACCUUGCAAAGGGUCAGCUCAUUUUCUAUGCCCCUCCAGAAUGGGAACAUAAAAUUCAAAACACAUACCUCUCUAUCUAUGAUAGUUUGCUUUGGGAAUGCAAAGCUAAUGGAAAGCCAAAUCCUUGGUACACAUGGCUAAAGAAUGGUGAACGCCUCAAUCCUGAGGAGAGAAUUCAGAUUGAAGAUGGGACACUUAUCAUUACCAUGCUGAAUGUGUCAGACUCUGGGGUCUACCAAUGUGCUGCAGAAAACAAAUAUCAAACAAUUUAUGCAAAUGCAGAAUUGAGAGUUUUAGCUUCUGCUCCAGAUUUUUCAAAAAACCCCAUUAAAAAGAAUUCAGUUGUUCAAGUUGGUGGUGAUAUUUCUAUUGAAUGCAAACCAAAGGCUUUCCCUAGAGCAUCCAUUUCUUGGAAAAGAGGAACAGAGAGCCUGAAGCAAAACAAAAGAGUGUUUCUCUUGGAGGAUGGCAGCCUUAAGAUAUGCAAUGUGACCAGGUCGGAUGCUGGAUCCUACACUUGUGUAGCAAUAAAUCAAUUCGGCAAUGCAAAGAGCACUGGCAGUCUCAUUGUAAAAGACAGAACUGUCAUUACAAUACCACCUUCUAAAAUGGAUGUCACAGUUGGUGAAAGCAUUGUCCUACCCUGCCAAGUGUCUCAUGACCCUUCCAUGGAAGUUGUAUUUGUAUGGUACUUCAAUGGAGAUGCCAUAGAUUUAAAGAAAGGAGGGCCUCAUUUUGAAAGAAUUGGGGGGGAAUCUGUUGGGGAUUUGAUGAUAAGGAAUAUUCAAUUAAGUCAUUCAGGAAAAUAUCUAUGCACAGUACAAACAACACUAGAAAAUUUGUCUGCUGUAGCUGAUGUCAUUGUAAGAGGUCCUCCUGGUCCUCCAGAGGAUGUUAGAGUAGAUCACAUCUCUAGUACCACCUCCCAACUGAGCUGGAGACCUGGCCCAGAUAAUAAUAGUCCCAUUCAAAUAUUUAGUAUUCAGACUCGGACACCUUUUUCUGUGGGCUGGCAAGCUGUUGCAACUGUUCCUGAAAUUCUCAAUGGCCAGACAUACAAUGCAACAGUAGUGGGUUUGAGUCCUUGGGUAGAAUAUGAAUUUCGUGUUGUUGCUGGGAACAACAUUGGAAUUGGAGAGCCAAGUAAGCCAUCAGAAUUAUUAAGAACUAAAUCAUCAGUCCCAAUCGUGGCACCAGUAAAUAUCAAUGGAGGCGGAGGAAGUCGAUCUGAACUCGUCAUUACGUGGGAGUCCAUUCCAGAAGAACUACAGAAUGGAGAAGGAUUUGGAUACAUCAUCAUGUUCCGGCCAGUUGGCUCUAAAACCUGGACUAAGGAAAGAGUAGCACUUGUGGAGUCAUCCAGGUUCAUUUAUAGAAAUGAAAGCAUCAUGCCCCUGUCUCCAUUUGAAGUCAAAGUGGGAGUAUAUAAUAAUGAAGGCGAGGGAUCCCUGAGUACAGUGUCCAUUGUCUACUCUGGGGAAGAUGAACCUCGGCUGGCCCCAAGAGGAACUUCUGUCCAGAGUUUUUCUGCUUCUGAAAUGGAGGUCUCCUGGAAUGCUAUUGCUUGGAAUAGAAAUACUGGAAGAGUACUGGGCUAUGAGGUCUUAUACUGGACAGACAACUCCAAGGAAUCUAUGAUUGGUAAAAUUAGAGUCAGUGGGAAUGUCACAACCAAGAAUAUUACAGGGCUAAGAGCUAAUACGAUCUACUUUGCAUCUGUGAGAGCCUACAACACUGCAGGGACGGGGCCCUCAAGCCCCCCAGUCAAUGUCACCACCAAAAAGUCUCCUCCAAGUCAACCACCAGCAAACAUUGCCUGGAAGCUGUCAAACUCUAAAUUAUGCUUGAACUGGGAACAUGUGAAGACCAUGGAAAAUGAAUCUGAAGUGUUGGGCUACAAAAUUUUGUAUCGGCAAAACAGACAGAGCAAAACUCAUAUUUUAGAAACCAAUAAUACGUCAGCUGAGCUUCUGGUUCCAUUUGAAGAAGACUAUUUGAUUGAAAUAAGAACAGUCAGCGACGGCGGGGAUGGCAGCAGCAGUGAGGAAAUUAGAAUUCCAAAAAUGUCAAGUUUGAGUUCCAGAGGACUACCGAUCUUAAAACCUCGUAUCAAAUUCCUGUUGACUGUCAGAUUUUUUAUUGUUUUGCUAUUCAACCAUUUACACGAUGAAUAAAACUAUGAAUAUUUGGAGUUUUCUGAAAGCAAACCCUUCUGUAAAUAUGUUCUCCAGCCUCCAUCACAAUACAUAUUCUUAAUACAGACAUGUUUGGAAAGAAAAAAAUGUAUAUUGUUAAGAUCUGGUAAAUAUCUGUGGUACAUUAAUAAAAUGGUUUUAAACAA